GAGUUGUGCUCAAGCAACGGCUGUUGGGGGCCCAGGCCAGACCAGUGUCUGUCCUGCAAACACUUUAGCAGAGGAAGGACCUGUAUAGAGUCUUGCAACCUUUAUGAUGGGGAAUUUCGAGAGUUUGCAAAUGGUUCUGUCUGUGUGGAAUGUGAUCCCCAGUGUGAGAAGAUGGAAGAAAACAUGAUCACAUGCUAUGGACCGGGACCAGACCACUGCACCAAGUGCUUCCAUUUUAAGGAUGGCCCCAACUGUGUGGAAAAGUGUCCUGAUGGUGUACAGGGGGCCAACAGCUUCAUCUUCAAAUUCGCUGAUGAGGACCGGGAGUGCCACCCUUGCCAUCCAAACUGUACCCAAGGGUGCAUAGGCCCCCGUAUUGAGGACUGCGUCGGCCUGAUGGAUAGGUGUAGAGGCCCCACUAGUCAUGACUGCAUUUACUAUCCAUGGACACGCCAGUCCACCUUACCUCAGCAUGCUAGAACCCCCCUGAUUGCUGCAGGCGUGAUUGGUGGCCUCUUUAUCAUCGUCAUUAUGGGCCUGACAUUUGCCGUGUACGUGCGGCGGAAAAGCAUCAAGAAGAAGAGGGCCUUGCGGAGGUUCCUGGAGACUGAGCUGGUGGAGCCCUUGACGCCAAGCGGCACAGCGCCCAACCAAGCGCAGCUUCGUAUCCUGAAGGAAACUGAGCUAAAGCGAGUAAAGGUCCUGGGCUCGGGGGCCUUUGGAACGGUGUAUAAGGGUAUUUGGGUUCCCGAAGGAGAAACAGUAAAGAUUCCUGUGGCCAUUAAAAUCCUUAACGAGACAACUGGUCCCAAAGCAAAUGUGGAGUUCAUGGAUGAAGCGCUCAUCAUGGCAAGCAUGGAUCAUCCCCACUUGGUGAGAUUGCUGGGCGUGUGCCUGAGCCCCACCAUUCAGCUCGUCACCCAGCUGAUGCCCCACGGCUGCUUGUUGGACUAUGUCCAUGAACACAAGGACAACACACACUGGUGGGAACUGUGGAACACAAUGAUGGAUUCGGGGCUACCAAACAUCCAGCGGGGUGUAACAAGACCCAAAGAGCAUCCAGUGAUAUCCAAGAUAGAUGCUUGA